GAUCAGGUCAAGUUCAACCCGCGGCUGUUUGCCGAUGUUUUUUUUUUGUUGCGAUGAGGAACAACUCACUCACUCUCAGUCUCGUGAUUGCACCCAACCCGGACAGUUAAAUCUACAACGCAGUUUACUGCGGGGAUUGUUCUUACUUUUCAGUUUGGAAUUGUGGAAAGUCCAGCAGUCUACCCAGUUGAUUGGAGGAGUAUCGUUCAAGAUGACCUACCCGAAUAAGCUAAUCAGUCUCGUUCUGAUCGCGCUGAUCACGCUCGACUCAACUCAGGCCAAAGUGUUCCAGAAGUGUCCCCUGGCCAAGCUGCUGGAUAGCAAUCAGAUAUCGCGGACGCUGAUCUCCAACUGGAUCUGUCUGAUACAAGCUGAGAGUGGGGCGGACACUUCGAAGAAGACCUCGCUGGACAACCUCUCAGCCAGCUACGGAAUCUUUCAGAUCAACAGCAAGGAGUGGUGCCGCGUGGGAAGAAAAGGUGGGAAGUGCAAUAAAGAUUGUGAAGACUACCUCACGGACGAUAUCACCGAUGAUAUCGAGUGUGCCAAGCAGAUCUACCGCGAUCACGGAUUUUCGUACUGGAAGGGCUGGACGACCAAGUUGACAUCCACAACCAACCUGAACCGCACCUUCGCCACCCUGCUGUUGGUGGUCCUCGUUGCCGCCAACACCCUGUUCAGCGGCACCUCGGCCAAAGUCUUCACCAAGUGCGAACUGGCCAAGGAACUGGGCAAGAAUGGCAUCUCGCGCACCUUCUACGGCCACUGGAUCUGCCUGGCGAACGCCGAAAGUGGCCUCAACACGACCAAGGUCACAAAGCUGGCCAACAUGAGCGCCAGCUACGGCAUCUUCCAGAUCAACAGCAAGGAGUGGUGCCGGGAGGGCCGCAAGGGUGGCAAGUGCAACAUGAAGUGCGAGGAUUUCAUCAACGAUAACAUCACUGACGACAUUGAAUGCGUGAAGAAGAUCCAGAUGCAGUACGGUUUCAACGGGUGGAACUUGUGGCAGAAAAAGUGCAGGCAAAGAACUGCCCAACAUUUCCAAGUGUAAUGUUUAAGGGGGAAACCAAGUGCAAUAUAUUAGUCAAGUGAAACGUGCUCAAAAAGACACAAUUGUACAAUAUGUGAUAACGAUUUAUUCCUAAAAAUAAAACGCAUUUUAUUAG